UAUUCAACUCUCGGAUUAACAACCGAAGCAUCAUUGAAUGAUAUCAAACAACAGUAUAAAGUUCUUGCACUCAAAUACCAUCCCGAUAGAAAAAAUCUCUCGGAAAAUAAUGGUCUCGAUGAAGAAGAAACGAAAUUUAUUGAAAUUCAACAAGCUUACGAAUUAUUGAGAGAUCCAAAGAAGAAGAGGCAGUACGAUAGAGAAUAUCAUUUAAAUAAGUAUAAUUUGGAGAAACAGUUGGUGGGAAAUAUUUCCGAUUACAUUUUGUUAUCUGAAAUGGAAUAUGACCAAGAUGAGGAUGUUUGUACUCAUAAAUGUAGGUGUGGUGGAGAGUACACAAUUCAUAUGGAAGAUGUGCUUAACGAUUCAAAUGAA